ACCUCCGUGUCCCUCCGGGCUCAGUACACUGGUCAGAGCGAUCUAAAAUGACUUUAAAACCUUCUUAAAAAGUGUUUCUAAGUCUUCUUUAUUGACAUAAACCCAGCUUGACGUCCCUGCCGAGGACCAACGCUCUCCGGUUAUGAAACAGUGUUGGACAACCCGAGCGAAAGCGCCUCUGAGCAGGGGGUUGAACUGGCGCGCAGCGGAGGGUGUGACUGGGAAAGCACGUUUUUGCUGGAAUUCAGCGAACCGAGCACCUGCCAUCAGGCUCAAAAUGAGUGAUUUAGGUAAAACAAGGGUCUCCCUCGAGGGUGUAAUACGUCAAGGAAUUUGUAGGGCUUUGUCACGGCCAUAAGAGGCUCAGCAAGGCCCGUGAUGAGUUGACAGCUGCAGCUCAGAGAGUUUGAUCUGCGGCCGUGCUUCCAACACCAACAUCGGCUUUGUUUUCCUUAGCUCUCGAGGGAGUGUUUUGAGGCAGGUCACGGUGGUGGCAAAGAGAGGAGGGCAUCCUUCCAAGCCCUAAAACAAUGAAUAGAAUUAAAAAAAAAACAAACCAGAAGACGACAUCUCCACUCCCCUGACAGCCGGCCAACUCCCUGAGCACAUAAAAAGGGGCGCCCAGCCACUGCACCCACAGGACUCACCUCCUCCUGCCUCCGAACCUCCUCCCGUGCCCUGCGCCGCUCGGCUCUUCUCCCCUCGCGGGUUGGCUGCUGGGGAGCCGCCACCAUGUCUCGCCAGUCCUGUGCUCUCGGCAGGGGGUUCAGCUCCAGCUCCGCUUGCUUCGGCGGCCGGAGCAAGGUCGCGCUCGGCCCCGUGUCCCGCGGAGGGUGCGGGGGAGCUGGCGGCGCCGGCGGCUUCGGCAGCAGGAGCCUCUACUGCGUGGGAGGGAGUAAAAGCAUCUCCCUGGGAGGGUUCGGCGGAGGUGCUGGUGUCUGCAGGGGGUUUGGGGCCGGCGGCCAAGGAGGCUUUGGCUACGGCUACAGCGCCGGGGCAGGACUCGGUGCCGGCCUUGGUGGCGGGGCCAGAGGCGGCUUCGGUGCAGGCCUCAUCGGCGGCUUCGGUGGCGUCGGCGGAGGGUUCGCUGGUGGGAUGGGAGGCCAAGGCUUUCCCCCUUGCCCACCGGGCGGCAUCAAGGAAGUGACCAUCAACCAGAGCCUGCUGGCCCCACUCAACCUCGAAAUCGACCCUGAGAUCCAAAAAGUGCGGACUCAAGAGCGGGAGGAGAUGAAGCAGCUCAACGACAAAUUCGCUUCCUUCAUUGACAAGGUCCGGUUCUUGGAGCAGCAGAACCGAGUCCUGGAGACCAAGUGGAAACUGCUGCAGGAGCAGGGUGGCACAGGGACGGGCGGCAGGAACCUCGACCCCUUCUUUGAAAGCUACAUCAGCGGGCUGAGGAAGCAGCUGGACAGCCUCGCAACCGAGAAGCAUCAGCUGGAGGCAGAGCUGAAGAGCUUCCAGGACAUGGUGGAAGACUUCAAGACCAAGUACGAAGAGGAAAUAAACAAGAGGACAGCUGCGGAGAACGAUUUCGUGCUCCUAAAAAAGGACGUGGACGCGGCCUAUAUGACCAAGGUGGAACUUCAGGCAAAUUUAGAUUCUCUGGUAGAUGAGCUGAACUUCCUGAAGUAUCUUUACGAAGAGGAGCUGGCUCAGAUGCAGAAGACCGUUUCCGACACCUCCGUGGUUCUCUCCAUGGACAAUAACCGAAACCUGGACCUGGACAGCAUCAUCGCGGAGGUCAAAGCCCGAUACGAGGAGAUUGCCAACCGGAGCCGAGUGGAGGCCGAGUUUUGGUACCGAUGCAAGUACGAAGAGCUGCAGGCGACGGCGGGCAAACACGGAGACAGCCUUAAGGACACAAAGGCCGAGAUCUCUGAGCUCAACCGCAUGAUCCAGAGGAUAAGGGCUGAGAUCGAGAGCGUGAAGAAACAGUGCGAAGCGCUGCAGAGCUCCAUCGCGGACGCCGAGCAGCGCGGGGAGCUGGCCAUCAAGGAUGCCAAGGCCAAGCUGGUCGAGCUGGAGACAGCCCUGCAACAGGCCAAGGCAGAGCUGGCGCGGCAGCUCCGUGAGUACCAGGAGCUCAUGAACGUCAAGCUGGCCCUGGACAUCGAGAUCGCGACCUACAGGAAGCUGCUGGAGGGCGAGGAGAGCAGGAUGUCUGGAGAGUGCCAGAGCGCCGUGAGCAUCUCUGUAGUGGGAGGCGGCAGCGGCUCCGUGGGAGGUGGAUACGGCGGCGGGCUGUGCCUUGGAGGAGGAGGAGGAAUCGGACUCGGUGUUGGGAGUGGGAAAGGCAGCUGUAGCACUGGCGGUGCUGGCUUCUGCUACAGCCUGGGAGGAGGCGGGUUUGGUGCCGGGGGAGGAUUCGGUGCCGGGGGGGGAUUUGGCUCUGGAGGGGCAGGAUUCUGCUCUGUGGGCGGGGGGUGUAACUCAGUGGUACUGGGGUCUGGCACCAUCCAGAGGAACACCAGCUCUACGUCUUCCAACCGGAGGGCCUAGGGAGGUGAGCUGUCUCACCCCUGCCCAGCACCCAAAGAAGGAAGGAAGCAAAUGUCACGACGACCACCCCGCCCCCCUUCGCGGCCACGGCGAUGGCCAUCAGCUUCACGUCAAACCGCCCCCCCCCCCCACCCCGCUUCAGAAACUGCACGGAAAAGUAAAAUACGGCUGCAUUCACCGGCUGAAACCUGCGACCCUCAGCUGCGUUUGAGACCGGCUCGCUUCGCCAGCGCUCCCCUCGAGACCCUGCAAAGCUGCCGGUCAUCGGGGUGCCGAGCCUCGCUCGGAAGCAGGACCCUCCCGUCCACCGGGAAGCCCCGGGCACGGCCGGGAUAAGGGAUAAGCCACGCGGUCCGAGCGAGAGGCAUCCCGCCGGCGGUGGGUCGAGGGGACGGGUCCAGGCGCUGCUCGGAGAAGUCGCCGCCCGUGGAGCCCGCCGAAAGGCUCGGCGUCUUCCAAGACCUUGCGCUGGAUCCAGACGUGGUGCAAUUUUAAUGGGUGCUACUCAUCAGCCAGGGCUCGAGCUCCAAAACAGGAAUUUCCUAAUGGUGACUAGUCCCAGCUGAAGACAUUUCUUACCCCGCUGUAGCUUGUGGUUUUUUUUUUCUUUCCUAAGCCAGACACCAGCAGUUUCACCCAUGUUCUUUAGGAUCUGUUGUAAAAUAUACAGUUUUGCUCAGGUUUUACCCUUUCAUUGUGGUCAUGGGAACACUUGGCUUGUUUGCUUAAGCCUUUCUCCUUCGGCAUGUGCCAUGCCCUAAUAAACACUAGAGGCAGUAA